UUUUCCACAGGUUCUUGUCGCUAUGUCUCAUCCAGCAAAUCGUUCCUGUUCUCGUUAUAUAACAUCAAUGGCUACGUUCCUGUUAAGGUGAACAUCAAGUCAAGUCGUUAUAGUGGCGCUAUUUACACAUGUUCUGAUAGGGGACCAACCUUUGGUGGAGGACACGACCUGUACAUACCCAACAACGCUGGAAGCAACCGCAAUUCCCUCACAUACUGUGGCCACUCCUACCCCCUCCCCCCUGGGUACUCUGCAUCUUACUCUUCCUGUCAGUUUUAUGCAGGAUCCUACAAAUUCACUCCCACUGAUGUUGAAGUGUUUUACCAGAUAACAACUUAG